AUGUUAGUUGGAUGUAUUUUACCUUUAGCCUUAUUGGCUGCUGCUGGUGUUGAAGCUGCUGAAACAACCACCUUACAACUGACUAUUACUGUCACUAAAACUGUGUAUACCCCAGAAGAAUCAUCCUCGAUAUCUGCUGCUUCUGAAGCUUCUGAAGCUUCUGCUGCCUCUGUUGCCUCUGUUUCCAAAGUUUCUGCUGCUAGUGCUGCUUCUGCUUCAUCUGCUAGUGCUGUUUCCGCUUCUGAAGCUUCUGAAGUCAGUGCUGCUUCUGCUGCUUCUGUUGCUUCUGCUGCUUCUGUUGCUUCCGCUGCUUCCGCUGCUUCCAAGGCUUCUGUUGCUUCUGCUGCUUACAAGGCUUCUGCUGCUUCUGCUGCUUCCGAAGCCUCUGCUGCCUCUGCUGCCUCUGUCGCUUCUGACUCUUCUGCAAGUGCUGCUUCCGCUUCUGAAGCUUCCGAAGCCAGUGCUGCUUCUGCUGCUUCGAAGGCAUCUGUUGCUUCUGAAGUCUCUGUUGCAUCUGUUGCAUCUGUUGCAUCUGCUUCUUCUGCAAGUGCCGCUGUUGCCGCCGCUAAAUUGACUUCUGUCGCCCCUGCUCCUACUGCAGACUUAAACGCUUUGAAAGAUAAUGCUGUUGUUGGCCAAUUUAGAGCUGUGAAUCAAACAACAACAAGUGCACCAUCAUCUUCUACUUUAGUCGCUGCUAAUACCGGUUACAAUGCUACUGUUAUUGGAGGCCAUACCAGUAAGAAUACUACUGUUGUUGGGGGUCAUCACAGCAAGAACACAACUUCUGCUAGCAAAAAGCACUCUUCAACAUCUUCAUCUGGCAGAUCCUCUACUAAGGGUUCAUCUGGCUCUUCAAGUUCAACCUCUAACGCAGGCGCUAUUGCUAACUUUGGUGAUGCAGGCAAGGGUGUUGCCUUAGGUUUAGUCGGUGUUGUAGCAGCUGCACUCUUAUAA